AUGGACUUACCAAUUCUAUUAAACGAAAAUAAUCUGACAACGAAAAUUUUUUUUGAUGUCCAUGAUGCAAUUGAGCCAAUACAGCAUGCAAGGAUGCUGCACAUCACGCUGAUCAUUUUUUUUCUCGUCGUUCUCACAUUCUUCCUUGUUGGUGUAAUUCAGCUUAUCAGCAAAUGCAGGAAGAGAAAAGCUGGAGUUAUGAGGCAAGUGCUUUCGCUAGAUAACCAGAAAUCUGAACAGAACGUUGAUGGUCACACAGGAGAUUAUCAAACAAAAAAACAAAAUUUAUUACUAAUUGGAUUAGAACCUAAAACUCAAUCAUGUUCAAAUAGUGGAAAGAGUGAAAACUUGGGUUAUAGUUGGAAACUUUUGAAUGAAACACCCUCAAAUUCAAGUUCGAAAUGUCAGGACAUUUCUAAAAAACAGGGAAACGACAAUUUUGUAAUUGGAUGUUCUAAUAAACCGGAUAAAUUUCUGACCAGUUUGUCCACUCCGAAAAGAAAUUAUGACGAGUUGUUGGAUUUGUUAGUAAGCCAACGCAACGUGGAUGAACACGAACAACCAAACGAGUCAAAUGCUGAAGAGACUCAUAGAACGUCAAAGGAUGUAAGCCCACUACCAACAACCAACACUACUCAGUUACGUCUCUCAAAUUUUGAGAAUUCAACAAAAAAGAUAAAUCCUGGUUACAAUGUACCAGAAGAAUCAAUUGCAGAUCCAUCAGAUGCUUCUUCACAUCACAAUAAUAACACGCUUAAACAAGCUAAAAUAUUUUUUUCCAUAGCAUCAAAUCGACAUCAUCUGGCCGAUUCAAACGCAGAAACAUGUUCAGAUCCACCUAAUAACGGAAUUUUCAUCUCAAAAAAGUUUUUAGAAAACUCUAUAACUCGUCAGCCUCCCCCUAUUUCACCACACGUUAACCGAAUCUCACAGCCUCACGAAUAUGAUCCAGUUUACGUACCAAGGCACGACUCCGUUGGCGUUCUCAAAAGAAUUGACAACGAAUCAAGUUAUAUCCUGAACAGGAGAUUUCUGAAUGGCUUGAUGACAAUGACAAAUUCUAAUAGCGGAGCUAACGGACAGAAUACGUUUGAAAACAUCACCAGUGAUUAUUAUCAAGCAGUACCAAACAUGCCUACGAGCGCACCUAUACAGCAUAGCAGAAUGUACCUAUCGAGUCCUCAACCAUUUUCGACAUUAUCGUCACCAUCGACAUCAUUCUCAUCCCCGACAUACCUUCCAGCUAUUCCACCGAGAAUUUCGUCCAAACAUCCUACCAACACGUUUGCCAACAGUAACAAUAUAAAUAACCACUGCAAUAACGACAGCAUCUCAAAUAUAACAUCUCGAAACUUUCAUCUUCCUAUUCAUAACGUUAGCCUUAUUCACACUGAACGCAGCCAAGAACCAAGCAAAAACAUUAGCCAAAGAAAUUCAGCCGGUUCAAGCAAUCCGUACGAUACGAUUGACGAAACAAUGAUCAGAGAUUAUCAAGGGCGCUAG